UGGAACAACACAUUGCAAAAAGGGAUUAACUUUGUGUGAAACUGAUUAUAAAGUACUUUGUUGGAAAGUGAAUAUUUAUCUUAAUUUGUUAUUGUAUAUUGGUCAAUUAGGAUGUAUAUUGGACCAUUAGUGAUCUUCCUUUUCUCAACUUUGACAGCUGAAGCACAACAAUCAGAUAAUGUAUGCGACCUACCAAAAGUUGUAGGACCGUGUAACGCCCGGAUGAAAAGGUUUUAUUAUGACGUAAGAUCUGGAAUGUGUGGAGAGUUUUACUAUGGUGGAUGUGACGGCAAUGAAAACAACUUCAAAACGAAAGAAGAAUGUAAAACUGUCUGCAAGAAACGAGUAUGUACUUUGCCGCAAUUUGGAGGGCGUGGUGGAGUAACUAUCCAAAGAUGGUUCUACAAUGCUGACGCGAUGCAAUGUGAAAGUUUUAUUUAUGAUGGAUUGAAUGGAAACAUGAAUAACUUCAGAACAAAAACAGAAUGCGAGGUGCUAUGUAACGGCGUCAAGAAAGAUCCUUGUGGACCAUUACCACCAUGUGCUCCUCCUCCACCCGGCACUUGUUUCGGUUCCACAUAUAACAUUAUAAAUGGCAUGAAAUGUAUAACAGGUUGUACUUAUCAACGGUGUAAACAGGGAUCCUGUCCUAACAAUCAACAAGUUACAUGUGCAUCUAAUUGCAUGCUUGACGAAGAAUGUAAUGGAAAAAAGAUGUGUUGCUCCGGAUGUUGCCGAGAUCCAGCACCAGUUCUAGAUCCCAAGCCUGGGAAAUGUCCAAAUGAUCCUAGUCAUUUAACUGUUCAACGUACAUGUUAUCUAAGGAAAUCUGAAUGUGAACGUGACACCCAAUGUGACGGUAAACGGAAGUGCUGCCGGUUUUCUUGCAGGAAUUUCUGUGUAGAUCCUGACAAAUAAACAAUACAAAGUCCUACACUAACAUUGUUUAUAAUGCUACACAUGUUAUUUUGUAUUUUUUAUGAUUGAAUAAUUUUAUGGAAAGUGAUAUGGACCGGAUCAACAUCGGACAGCAC